AUGGUAUCGCACGAAUGGGAGGUAAUAUGGGUAUGCCUUUUAUCUAGGUUAGCUGUGUCGUACCUCUUUCCGUCUUUGCAGCAGCAGUUGGACAGGACGGUGGAGUUUUCUACACCUGUCACCAGUUACAGAUCAUUGAAAGAGGGUGCCUAUUUGUUGGGGCAUCAAUUACCUGUUUAUAAUGGCGGUGUUGUGCACCACCCUCCAAUUUUAGUGUCCUUUAUGGCAUUUUUACAGCCAAUGGAGUUUCUAGUUCCGGUUUUAUUUGCUGCUAUGGACACACUAAUAGCGUGUCAACUAAUGAUAAUUGCGAGAAUAUAUCGUCGGCAGCUAAAAAUGGAUAGCUAUAUUCCUGGUAUCUUGUAUGUUUUGAACCCAAUGGUCUUACUCUCGUGUGUUUCGCAGUCAACGUCUCUUUUCGUCAAUUUAUCAAUUUGUUCGUCGUUAUUGUUUGCAAUACAAAAGAAGUCAUUGCUAUCAGCGAUAUUUAUCGCAUUUGCUGGUUACUUAUCUCCAUAUGCGUACUUACUUCUGAUUCCGUUGGCCAGUAUUUGUAGAUCAAAUUACGUCGGAGUAGUUCUGAAGAGCAUACUUAUUUCUAUUCUGUUGCAAUUGAUCAGUUUUGAGCUGAACAAUGGCAAUUGGAACUAUGUCACAUCCACAUAUUGGGCUAUGAUAACAUUUAGCAAGAUGACUCCAAAUUUAGGCUUGUGGUGGUACUUUUUCAUUGAGAUGUUUGAGUUUUUCAUUCCCUUCUUCAAAUCAGUAUUCAAUAUUUUCGUCGUUUCAUUCAUUCCCCCAUUCACCAUUAGAUUCUACGAACAACCUAUAUAUGCAUUCAUUUUGUGUUUGGGGUGGCUAACACUAACUAAGGGCUACCCAACUUUGGGUGAUGGUGGGUUUUUCUUAAGCUUUGUGCCAUUUUUCAAACCUCUUUUCGGCUACUUAAGAUACCCAGUUAUUUCAACGCUCUUAUUUAUCCAUGCAAUCAUCUUGUCCCCAACAUUUUAUUAUCUAUGGGUCGGACUGGGAUCAGGUAACAGUAACUUCUUCUAUGCUAUUUCAUUAGUUUAUGCUUUGGCAAUUGCAUCUGUGCUUGUCGACUUGGUAUGGGCGAUGCUAAGAAUUGAAUACGACUCUGGCAAACCUAAUCUAUCUUUGAAACUGACCCAGAUAUAA